AUGGGAGCAGAAAAUCAAACAUGUGUAUCAGAAUUCCUCCUCCUGGGACUUUCUGAGAAGCCAGAGAAGCAGCUGCUCAUCUUUGGGCUCUUCCUGGGCAUAUACAUGGUCACUGUGGUUGGGAACCUUGUCAUCAUGCUGGCCAUUGGCUCUGACUCCCACCUCCACACCCCAAUGUACUUCUUCCUCUCUAAUCUGUCCUUUGUUGAUCUUUGUAUGGUAUCCACUACAGUUCCCAAGAUGCUGCUGAACAUCCUAACACACAGUAAAGUUAUCUCCUAUGCUGAAUGCUUUUCCCAAAUGUAUUUCUUCAUGGUUUUUGCUUUUUUAGACAAUUUUCUCCUCACUGUGAUGGCCUAUGACCGCUUUGUGGCCAUCUGUCACCCUCUGCACUAUUUCACCAUAAUGAAUCCAUGGAUUUGUGGCCUCCUGGUUCUGAUCUCAUGGACUAUUAGUCUUCUAAACUCUACUCUCCACACUUCACUGGUGACACGGCUGUCCUUCUGUUCUGAACAGGAGAUUCCUCAUUUUUUCUGUGAUAUCAGUCAAGUUACAAAGCUUUCUUGUUCUGAUACUCUCAUCAAUGACAUCUUAGUGUAUUUUGCAGCUGGUCUGCUCGUUAUUCUCCCACUCACAGGGAUCCUUUUCUCUUAUAGCCAGAUAUGUUCCUCCUUAUUGAGAGUCCCAUCUCCUAGGGGGAAAUAUAAAGCCUUUUCUACCUGUGGGUCUCACCUCUCUGUUGUUUCAUUAUUCUAUGGCACUGGACUUGGAGUAUAUCUGAGCUCCUCAGCUACCCACUCCUCCUGGAAGACCUCAGUUGCCUCAGUGAUGUAUUCUGUGGUCACCCCCAUGCUGAACCCUUUCAUCUACAGCAUGAGGAAUAAGGAUAUAAAAGAUGCCAUGAGGAGAAUUAUUAGCAAAAUUUAA